CUGUCUACGGGUCACAUGUACUACAGUACAAUACCAGCGGUACCGAAGUCUGAGCGAUGCUAUGCCGAAGAGGGAGUGUCUCCAAUCACCGCUGUAGAUUAUACCGACCGCCAUUAUACCGGAGACCAGCGUGAGUCACUUCCUGUUCUCCUGGAGGCUCCGCCCCUUCUGGUGACAUCACACCAGGAAGCAGCAGUGGACAGUGAGGAGAGGAGUUGUAGUUCCUGGAGAUCACCCUGGAGUUGUUCUGGACUCUCACAGAUAAAGGUGAUGGAGGAGGAGAGAGACAUCAUGGCUGCCAGGAUACUAGACCUCACCCUAGAGAUCAUCCACCUGAUCACCGGAGAGGACUACACAGUAGUGAAGAAGUCGUCUGAGUGUGUGACCCCCCGUGUGUCAGGAGGAUCGGGCACCACCCAAAGCCCCACCCCCGAGGAUCCUCAUUCACUGAUACAUGAGCAGAAGAUCCUAGAACUGACAACCAGGAUCACUGAGCUGCUGACUGGAGAGGUUCCUAUAAGGUGUCAGGACGUCACUGUCUAUUUCUCCAUGGAGGAGUGGGAGUAUGUAGAAGGACACAAGGAUCAGUACCAGGACGUCAUGAUGGGGGAUCACCGGCCCCUCACAUCACCAGACGGGUCCGGUCAGAGGAAUCCACCAGAGAGAUGUCCCCGUCCUCUAUAUCCCCAGGAUUGUCCAGAGGAGACGCAGAAUGUCCCCCCGGAUCAUCAGGAAAGUGACAGUGUAAUAAAGAGUGAAGAGGUGCACCAUGUAUUGGUGUCCGAGAAUGACUGGAUGAUAGGCUCCCACGGACACCUCCUUCUAUCUCCCUGUUAUGAAGCAGAAGAGAAUCCAUCACUGAUUAGCAAGAAAGGAAGAGGACGUAGACUUCCUAAAGUUUUUGGAUGUUUCGAAUGUGGUAAACGUUUCAAUCGAAAAUCGAAUCUCAUGGGACACCUAAGAAUUCACACAGGGGAGAAGCGGUUUUCGUGUUUGGAUUGCGGAAAAUGCUUUAUGCUUAAGAGUCAUCUUGAGAGACAUCAAAGAAUUCACACAGGGGAGAAGCCGUUUUCGUGUCGGGAAUGUGGGAAAUGCUUUACUCGUAAAGAUUAUCUUGAGCAGCAUCAGCAAAUUCACACAGGAGGGAAGUCAUUUUCAUGCGUGGAAUGUGGAAAAUGCUUUAUGCAUAAACAUUCUCUUGAGAAACAUCAGUUAGUUCACUCGGGCCAGAAGCCGUUUUUAUGUCCUGAAUGUGGGAAAUGUUUCGGUCGGAAAGCAUACCUUAUGGAACAUCUAAGAACUCACAUAGGGGACAAGCCGUUUUCAUGUUCUGAAUGUGGGAAAUGUUUUAUGCUUAAAGGUCAUCUUGAAAGACACCAGAGAAUCCACUCAGGAGAGAAGCCAUUUUCAUGUGCAGAAUGUGGAAAGUCCUUUACACGUAAAGAUUAUCUGGAGCAACAUCAGAGAAUUCACACAGGGGAGAAGCCAUUUUCAUGUCAGGAAUGUGAGAAAUGUUUUUUGCAUAAACGUUCUCUAGAGAAACAUCAGAUAACUCACUCAGGGGAGAAACCUUUCUUAUGUCCUGAAUGCGGGAAAUAUUUUAGUCAGAAAUCAUAUCUUAUGGAACAUCUAAGAACUCAUAUAGGGGAGAAGCCAUUUUUAUGUUCAGAAUGUGGGAAAUGUUUUGUGUGCAAAGCUCACCUUGAGAGACAUCUGCUAAUUCACUCAGGACAGAAGACUUUUUCAUGUGGCGAAUGUGGAAAAAGCUUUAUGCGUAAAGAUUAUCUGGAAAAACAUCAGAUGAUUCACACAGGGGAGAAACCUUUUUCGUGCCCUGAAUGUGGGAAAGGUUUUACAUACAAAUCAGUCCUUAUAAAACACCUGAGAAUUCACACAGGGGAGAAGCCAUUUUCGUGCCCUGAAUGUGGGAAAUGUUAUAACCAGAAAUCUGCUCUAGUGUAUCAUCUAAGAACUCACACAGGGGAGAAGCCGUUCUCAUGUUCAGAAUGUGGGAAAUGUUUUCUGCUCAAACGUCUUCUCGAGAGACAUCAGAGAAUUCACACGGUAGAAAACAUUACGAAGGUCCUUACGGAGCGAGGACAGUAUUUAUCCUUUCCUGGAUUGUGCGGUGGUGCGGGACCUGGGGUCAGACGCUGGAGGUUCCUUAGAUCCAGGACUCUCACAGACCUAGCAGCCACAGCAAGCCGAAUAAUCACUAACCCUCCAAGAAUGGAGAAGAACAGAGACAUCAUGGCUGCCAGGAUACUAGACCUCACCAUAGAGAUAAUCUACUUCAUAACUGGAGAGGAUUACACAGUAGUAAAGAAGUCAGGAGGAUCGGGCACCACCCAGAACCCCAUCACAGGUCCUCCACCUUAUUCACUGAUACAUGAGCAGAAGAUCCUAGAACUGACCACCAGGAUCACUGAGCUGCUGACUGGAGAGGUUCCUAUAAGGUGUCAGGACGUCACUGUCUAUUUCUCCAUGGAGGAGUGGGAGUAUGUAGAAGGACACAAGGAUCAGUACCAGGACAUCAUGAUGGGGGAUCACCGGCCCCUCCCAUCACCAGACGGGUCUGGUCAGAGGAAUCCACCAGAGAGAUGUCCCCGUCCUCUAGAUCCCCAGGAUUGUCCAGAGGAGACGCAGAAUGUCCCCCCGGAUCAUCAGGAAAGUGAUGGUGGAGGAACAAGUGGAUUUGAGUACCAUAUAUCAGAGCCAGUGGAUGGUGACGACUGUAUGGGAGGCUCCAAUGGAAACCUCCUUUUUUUCCCCAUUUAUGAGGAAGCACAUAAUCUAUCAUGGGCUGAAAAGAAAAAUGAACAUAAAAUUUUCGCAUGUCCUGAAUGCGGGAAAUGUUUCACUCGGAAAUCAUAUCUUACGGAACAUGUAAGAACUCACACAGGGGAGAAGCCGUUUUCAUGUUCAGAAUGUGAAAAAUGUUUUAUGCUUAAAGGUCAUCUCGAGAGGCAUCAGAGAAUCCACACAGGCGUGAAGCCAUUUUCGUGCCCGGAAUGCACAAAAUGCUUUACGCGUAAAGAUUACCUUGAACAACAUGAGCGAAUUCACACCGCCAAGAAACCGUAUUCAUGUAUGCUAUGUGGAAAAUUUUUUAAGCAUAGAUAUUCUCUUGAGUACCAUCACAUAACUCACACAGGGGAGAAGCCGUUUUCAUGCCCUGAAUGUGGGAAAUGCUUUAGUCUUAAAUCCUACCUCGUGGAACAUCUAAAAACCCACACAGGGGAAAAGCCAUUUUUAUGUUCAGAAUGUGGGAAAUGCUUUGUGAGUAAAGGUCAUCUUGAGAGACAUCAGAGAAUCCACUCGGGGGAGAAGCCGUUUUCAUGUAUGGAAUGCGGGAAGCGAUUUAUGCGUAAAGAUUAUCUGGAGAAACAUGAGCGGAUUCACACAGGAGAGAAGCCAUUUUCAUGUCAGGAAUGUGGGAAAUGUUUUACCCAUCAAUCAAGUCUUGUGUAUCACCUAAGAACUCAUAGAAUGUAGAAGAUAUGUUCAUGUUCUGAAUGUGGCAAAUGUUUUUUUUGUUUUUUGUUUGUAUAACUGUGGUUCUUGAGAGAAACAGUGAAGUCACACGGACAAGAAUCCAUUUUAAGGUUUGGAUUGUAAGAAAUGUGGCCUAUGUGGCGCUUUAUUGUAGGACCAAUGGGACAGUGGCGUAAGUAGAAGAAAAGCGGCAAAUAUCGGGCCUCCUAUUAUGGAGUGGGAUUUGUUUAUUUUCUCUUUGCUUUCCAUGACCCAUUGGUCAGUACCUCUCUCCACUAUUUGCUGACAAUGCAGUUCCCUGGAGAGAGGAGUCUGCACAGUUUCUUACCAAUAGAGAAAGAAAUGGGACCAACCAAGAUGGGGCCCCCUCUCUCCAAGGGGCCCAUAACAGCCGCAUGGUCUGCCACUAUGGUACCUAAGAUCUUAAAGGGGUACUCCGGUGGAAAACAAUUCAUAUCAAUUGACCCAAGAAAGUUAUACAAAUUUGUAAAUUACUUCUAAAUAAAAAUCUUAAUCCUUCCAGUACUUAUCAGCUGCUGUAUGCUCCACAGGAAGUUGUGUGGUUCUUUUCAGUCUGACCACAGUGCUCUCUGCUGCCACUUCUGUCCGUAUCAGGAACUGUCCAGAGUACAAGCAAAUCCCGAUAGAAAACCUCUCCUGCUCUAGACAGUUCAUAACAUGGACAGAGGUGUCAGCAGAGAGCACUGUGGACAGGCUGGAAAGAACUACACAACUUACUUUGGAGCAUACAGCAGCUGAUAAGUACUGGAAGGAUUCAUAUUUUUUAUAGAAGUAAUUUACAAAUCUUUUUAACUUUCUGGCACCAGCCGAUAUGAAAAAAAAAAAAACCGUUUUCCACCGGAGAACCCCUUUAAACAUCAUGUCGGAUGAUGUAAUGGUGCGUUUUUUCACAAGUAGCUGACCUGCAAAAUCUGGACUGGGAACAAUAAUAUUUGGAUACUAUUAAUGUAUCCAACAAAUGUCAUGUAUCUAAGCUCAGUGAGUAGGAAGUGGGUAGCACCAAAAAUAUUGAUCUGUGCUACAGAAAAUGCAACGUUUUCAUGACGUUAGAAUCCGUGCGCCAAAAACGGCAAAAUGUGUUUUGUUUAUUCCCCGGAAUAACGUUUCGAUACAUGAAGCCACGCCCAUUUUUGUCGGGAAAAGGAUAUUUCACUGGUGAAAACUCUUCAGUUAUAUGGUGCGGAUGGGACUCACCCUCAAUUUUUUGUGAAUUCCAUAAAUUUUCACGAGUGAAAACCUGUUUAUUUAUCCCCCAAUGUCUUCACAUUCGUUUUGGGUGGAGUCGUCUGUCAUAUGACCUGUGUAUUAAUAUUUUAUUAAAGGGUCCAAGAGUCUUG